AUUCAAUUUUCAUCACAUGUCGCCAUGCUUUCACAGCCAAUCACACUAUUCCAAUCCUGUUGUCUUCUUCUCCACCAUACAUAAAUUAGCCAACUAUACAGGAAAUCCUUUAAAUGCAACUUAUAUAACGUGGUAUUCAAGACACAAAAAUUUCUCACUAAAAUCAUACUACUACUUGAUAAAAUAGAUUCAUAUUUAUUGUACUUGCUAUAUAUAUAUAUAUAUAUAUAUAUAUAUAUAUAUAACCAUUGUGUCAUAUUUUUCAGCUCAGAAAUGGACUUUUUCCAAGUUAUCCUCCUAAUGCCCUCCCUCAUAUCCCUCUGCUAUUGUUUAAACUCAGAAAGUUCUUUCCAUGAAAACUACUUGUUGAAUUCUUCUACAAAAGAUUACCAAAAGUCAUCAUUUUUUGAACAAAUAGUUAGGGUGGCUAAUGAUGAAAACAAGGCGAAUUGGAUGAAGAAGAUAAGGAGAAAAAUUCACAAGAAUCCAGAACUUGCUUACGAAGAAGUCGCGACCAGCGAACUCAUUAGAGAUGAGCUUGACCAGAUGGGCGUUGGGUAUCGGUGGCCGGUGGCACAGACCGGCGUGGUAGCAACCAUUGGGACUGGUUCUCCACCCUUUGUUGCCCUAAGAGCAGAUAUGGAUGCCUUGCCUAUUCAGGAAAUGGUGGAAUGGGAGCACAAGAGCAAAGUAGACGGCAAAAUGCAUGCCUGCGGACAUGAUGCACAUGUUGCAAUGCUCCUUGGUGCUGCAAGAAUUCUGCAAGAAAUCCGAGAAAAACUAAAGGGAACUGUUGUUCUUAUAUUUCAACCAGCCGAAGAACGAGGUGAAGGUGCAAAAGACAUGAUCCAAGAAGGGGUGCUCGAAAAUGUAGAGGCCAUCCUUGGAAUCCAUAUAGUGCACCGGUAUCCUUCUGGCAUUGUUGCAUCCCGGCCAGGAGAAUUUCUAGCCGGUUGUGGGAGCUUCAAAGCGAAAAUCAACGGGAAAGGGGGUCAUGCAGCCAUCCCCCAGGACACCAUUGAUCCAAUUUUAGCAGUUUCGACAUCAGUUAUUAGCUUACAAAACAUAAUUUCGAGGGAGAUAGAUCCUCUGGAUUCUCAGGUCGUUUCUGUAGCUAUGGUUCAUGGAGGUGCAGCGUAUAAUGUCAUUCCAGACUCGGCUACAAUUGCUGGUACUUUUAGAGCUUUUGGCACAAGGAGCUUCUCUGAGCUGAGAGAGAGAAUAGAGGAGGUUAUUGGAGGGCAAGUAGCUGUGCAUCGUUGCUCAGCUGAGAUCGACUUCUCGGGGAAAGAACAUCCCUCAAUUCCACCAACUGUAAACGAUAAAGGAAUUUACGAACAUGUAAGACGGGUUUCAAGUGAGAUUGUAGGGGAAGAAAACACAAAAUUAGCUCCUAGGUUUAUGGGGAGCGAAGAUUUUGCAUUUUACUUACAGAAGGUACCUGGAUCUUUGCUUUUCCUAGGCACAAGAAAUGAUAAGGUUGGAGCCCGAUAUCCACCCCAUAGUCCUCAUUAUACUAUCGACGAGGAUGUGCUUCCUGUUGGUGCAGCAAUAUAUGCUGCAUUUGCUUAUUCAUAUCUAUCCAAUCCAUCAAAACAGACCGCCUGCUUAUAGUUAAUCUGUAUACACUUUUUUGCCGUUAAUCUUUUCUGGAUCAUUCUUUUGUGGUAAUGCAUUAGAAAUGUCUUGCUUCUUGUGUAGUUUUUAUUUUAAAAUUUUUUUUUUU